CAAAAACACAAACAUCCCCCUUAGCCGGUUCAGCGUCUCACUCAAGCUCUCCAUCGCAGUCAGAUGCCACCUAUUUACCGAUGGAAACGUUUGCAUCACCAAAAGUAACAUCAGAUGAACCUGCUACAACUGCUCACAGUAUUCUCCCGUCUCCAGAGACCUCAACUUCUUCAGCUCUCUCCACAAUGGAGUUAUCAACACUGAUGGAAACUUCAACCAAAAGUCUCAAUACUAUAUCACACACCACAUCCACACGAGAAUCCGGUCCCUCUCCGUAUUUCACAGCAACGAACUCGUUGUCUCCCAAAACUGACGUGACAGCAGAAACUGUCUUCACCACUGUUUCAUCCGUUGCCACGGAGGAAUCUUCCACAAAGCCUGUUUCACAUUCCACCUUCCAGGUGUCAAUCGGAACAGCAAAAACACCACUUGGAUCAGAAAUAACAACAAUCAAGUCAAUAACUGAUUUGUCUACUCACUCACAAACACGCUCUGACACUCCUCCAGGACCUUCAGAGCACACCAUCACUCCGUCUGAGUCAAAAGUAUCCAGCACGCAAAUGGAAACCUCCUCCCCACAGCAAUCGACAGUCUUUCAAGCAAGUACAGAUGAUCUCACGGCCAUGGUUUCUGAGCAGACCGCAAGCUCUGCUUCUUCAAUGUAUUCCACAGAGGAGUCAACGUCCAUAUCUGAGCUUUCAUCUGCAGCACUUUCCAUUUCCACACAGUCAUCUAACACUCAAGAAGUUCGCUCAUCAUCCCAUGCUUCUCCAAUGUCAUCAACAUUUCUCACUCCUGAGAUAACACCACAUUCAACGUUCAUCUCAACAAAAUCAAGCAUCAAUGAAGAGACUCCAUCAAUGUUUGCUUCUCAUUCCACCAUUCAGAUAUCCAGUAGCACAGCAAAGUCAUCUGUAGAAGCAUCAACUAGCACAGUUACUCAGUCCACUCACAGCACGGACAUAAGUUCUCAUGCAACUCCUUCAACUGAGGUGAGCAGCUCAUCUGAGUCACAUGUACCCUCUCUCCCUGUGGAACCCUCAUCUUCUGCCAAACCAACAUCUCAAGGAACAAGUACGAUUGCUGAAGGUGCGACUGUGACUCAGGAAAGCAGUAGCUCCGCUUCCUCCUCAAGAUUUCAAACAAUUCAGUCAUCAACUCCCUCUGACACUUCACCACAGUUGUCUCCAACUUCUGGAAUUGCAUCUACACAUCUAUCAACUGGUGGCACAUCUGACAGCACAGCCACAUACCCGUCUGCUGCCUUUACUAAACCAAGUGAAGAACCAACCCUCUCCACUUUGUCAACUCCAAAUGAACCUUCCACUCGCUUGAAUACACUUUCCAGUUCACAAGUGUCAAAUCUCACAACAGAAUCAACAUUGGCAUUGGAAGAGACAACCACAGGCAUCACUCCAUCUGUCGGGAGUCCAAAAACACAAACAUCCCCCUUAGCCGGUUCAGCGUCUCACUCAAGCUCUCCAUCGCAGUCAGAUGCCACCUAUUUACCGAUGGAAACGUUUGCAUCACCAAAAGUAACAUCAGAUGAACCUGCUACAACCGCUCACAGUAUUCUCCCGUCUCCAGAGACCUCAACUUCUUCAGCUCUCUCCACAAUGGAGUUAUCAACACUGAUGGAAACUUCAACCAAAAGUCUCAAUACUAUAUCACACACCACAUCCACACGAGAAUCCGGUCCCUCUCCGUAUUUCACAGCAACGAACUCGUUGUCUCCCAAAACUGACGUGACAGCAGAAACUGUCUUCACCACUGUUUCAUCCGUUGCCACGGAGGAAUCUUCCACAAAGCCUGUUUCACAUUCCACCUUCCAGGUGUCAAUCGGAACAGCAAAAACACCACUUGGAUCAGAAAUAACAACAAUCAAGUCAAUAACUGAUUUGUCUACUCACUCACAAACACGCUCUGACACUCCUCCAGGACCUUCAGAGCACACCAUCACUCCGUCUGAGUCAAAAGUAUCCAGCACGCAAAUGGAAACCUCCUCCCCACAGCAAUCGACAGUCUUUCAAGCAAGUACAGAUGAUCUCACGGCCAUGGUUUCUGAGCAGACCGCAAGCUCUGCUUCUUCAAUGUAUUCCACAGAGGAGUCAACGUCCAUAUCUGAGCUUUCAUCUGCAGCACUUUCCAUUUCCACACAGUCAUCUAACACUCAAGAACUUCGCUCAUCAUCCCAUGCUUCUCCAAUGUCAUCAACAUUUCUCACUCCUGAGAUAACACCACAUUCAACGUUCAUCUCAACAAAAUCAAGCAUCAAUGAAGAGACUCCAUCAAUGUUUGCUUCUCAUUCCACCAUUCAGAUAUCCAGUAGCACAGCAAAGUCAUCUGUAGAAGCAUCAACUAGCACAGUUACUCAGUCCACUCACAGCACGGACAUAAGUUCUCAUGCAACUCCUUCAACUGAGGUGAGCAGCUCAUCUGAGUCACAUGUACCCUCUCUCCCUGUGGAACCCUCAUCUUCUGCCAAACCAACAUCUCAAGGAACAAGUACGAUUGCUGAAGGUGCGACUGUGACUCAGGAAAGCAGUAGCUCCGCUUCCUCCUCAAGAUUUCAAACAAUUCAGUCAUCAACUCCCUCUGACACUUCACCACAGUUGUCUCCAACUUCUGGAAUUGCAUCUACACAUCUAUCAACUGGUGGCACAUCUGACAGCACAGCCACAUACCCGUCUGCUGCCUUUACUAAACCAAGUGAAGAACCAACCCUCUCCACUUUGUCAACUCCAAAUGAACCUUCCACUCGCUUGAAUACACUUUCCAGUUCACAAGUGUCAAAUCUCACAACAGAAUCAACAUUGGCAUUGGAAGAGACAACCACAGGCAUCACUCCAUCUGUCGGGAGUCCAAAAACACAAACAUCCCCCUUAGCCGGUUCAGCGUCUCACUCAAGCUCUCCAUCGCAGUCAGAUGCCACCUAUUUACCGAUGGAAACGUUUGCAUCACCAAAAGUAACAUCAGAUGAACCUGCUACAACCGCUCACAGUAUUCUCCCGUCUCCAGAGACCUCAACUUCUUCAGCUCUCUCCACAAUGGAGUUAUCAACACUGAUGGAAACUUCAACCAAAAGUCUCAAUACUAUAUCACACACCACAUCCACACGAGAAUCCGGUCCCUCUCCGUAUUUCACAGCAACGAACUCGUUGUCUCCCAAAACUGACGUGACAGCAGAAACUGUCUUCACCACUGUUUCAUCCGUUGCCACGGAGGAAUCUUCCACAAAGCCUGUUUCACAUUCCACCUUCCAGGUGUCAAUCGGAACAGCAAAAACACCACUUGGAUCAGAAAUAACAACAAUCAAGUCAAUAACUGAUUUGUCUACUCACUCACAAACACGCUCUGACACUCCUCCAGGACCUUCAGAGCACACCAUCACUCCGUCUGAGUCAAAAGUAUCCAGCACGCAAAUGGAAACCUCCUCCCCACAGCAAUCGACAGUCUUUCAAGCAAGUACAGAUGAUCUCACGGCCAUGGUUUCUGAGCAGACCGCAAGCUCUGCUUCUUCAAUGUAUUCCACAGAGGAGUCAACGUCCAUAUCUGAGCUUUCAUCUGCAGCACUUUCCAUUUCCACACAGUCAUCUAACACUCAAGAACUUCGCUCAUCAUCCCAUGCUUCUCCAAUGUCAUCAACAUUUCUCACUCCUGAGAUAACACCACAUUCAACGUUCAUCUCAACAAAAUCAAGCAUCAAUGAAGAGACUCCAUCAAUGUUUGCUUCUCAUUCCACCAUUCAGAUAUCCAGUAGCACAGCAAAGUCAUCUGUAGAAGCAUCAACUAGCACAGUUACUCAGUCCACUCACAGCACGGACAUAAGUUCUCAUGCAACUCCUUCAACUGAGGUGAGCAGCUCAUCUGAGUCACAUGUACCCUCUCUCCCUGUGGAACCCUCAUCUUCUGCCAAACCAACAUCUCAAGGAACAAGUACGAUUGCUGAAGGUGCGACUGUGACUCAGGAAAGCAGUAGCUCCGCUUCCUCCUCAAGAUUUCAAACAAUUCAGUCAUCAACUCCCUCUGACACUUCACCACAGUUGUCUCCAACUUCUGGAAUUGCAUCUACACAUCUAUCAACUGGUGGCACAUCUGACAGCACAGCCACAUACCCGUCUGCUGCCUUUACUAAACCAAGUGAAGAACCAACCCUCUCCACUUUGUCAACUCCAAAUGAACCUUCCACUCGCUUGAAUACACUUUCCAGUUCACAAGUGUCAAAUCUCACAACAGAAUCAACAUUGGCAUUGGAAGAGACAACCACAGGCAUCACUCCAUCUGUCGGGAGUCCAAAAACACAAACAUCCCCCUUAGCCGGUUCAGCGUCUCACUCAAGCUCUCCAUCGCAGUCAGAUGCCACCUAUUUACCGAUGGAAACGUUUGCAUCACCAAAAGUAACAUCAGAUGAACCUGCUACAACCGCUCACAGUAUUCUCCCGUCUCCAGAGACCUCAACUUCUUCAGCUCUCUCCACAAUGGAGUUAUCAACACUGAUGGAAACUUCAACCAAAAGUCUCAAUACUAUAUCACACACCACAUCCACACGAGAAUCCGGUCCCUCUCCGUAUUUCACAGCAACGAACUCGUUGUCUCCCAAAACUGACGUGACAGCAGAAACUGUCUUCACCACUGUUUCAUCCGUUGCCACGGAGGAAUCUUCCACAAAGCCUGUUUCACAUUCCACCUUCCAGGUGUCAAUCGGAACAGCAAAAACACCACUUGGAUCAGAAAUAACAACAAUCAAGUCAAUAACUGAUUUGUCUACUCACUCACAAACACGCUCUGACACUCCUCCAGGACCUUCAGAGCACACCAUCACUCCGUCUGAGUCAAAAGUAUCCAGCACGCAAAUGGAAACCUCCUCCCCACAGCAAUCGACAGUCUUUCAAGCAAGUACAGAUGAUCUCACGGCCAUGGUUUCUGAGCAGACCGCAAGCUCUGCUUCUUCAAUGUAUUCCACAGAGGAGUCAACGUCCAUAUCUGAGCUUUCAUCUGCAGCACUUUCCAUUUCCACACAGUCAUCUAACACUCAAGAACUUCGCUCAUCAUCCCAUGCUUCUCCAAUGUCAUCAACAUUUCUCACUCCUGAGAUAACACCACAUUCAACGUUCAUCUCAACAAAAUCAAGCAUCAAUGAAGAGACUCCAUCAAUGUUUGCUUCUCAUUCCACCAUUCAGAUAUCCAGUAGCACAGCAAAGUCAUCUGUAGAAGCAUCAACUAGCACAGUUACUCAGUCCACUCACAGCACGGACAUAAGUUCUCAUGCAACUCCUUCAACUGAGGUGAGCAGCUCAUCUGAGUCACAUGUACCCUCUCUCCCUGUGGAACCCUCAUCUUCUGCCAAACCAACAUCUCAAGGAACAAGUACGAUUGCUGAAGGUGCGACUGUGACUCAGGAAAGCAGUAGCUCCGCUUCCUCCUCAAGAUUUCAAACAAUUCAGUCAUCAACUCCCUCUGACACUUCACCACAGUUGUCUCCAACUUCUGGAAUUGCAUCUACACAUCUAUCAACUGGUGGCGCAUCUGACAGCACAGCCACAUACCCGUCUGCUGCCUUUACUAAACCAAGUGAAGAACCAACCCUCUCCACUUUGUCAACUCCAAAUGAACCUUCCACUCGCUUGAAUACACUUUCCAGUUCACAAGUGUCAAAUCUCACAACAGAAUCAACAUUGGCAUUGGAAGAGACAACCACAGGCAUCACUCCAUCUGUCGGGAGUCCAAAAACACAAACAUCCCCCUUAGCCGGUUCAGCGUCUCACUCAAGCUCUCCAUCGCAGUCAGAUGCCACCUAUUUACCGAUGGAAACGUUUGCAUCACCAAAAGUAACAUCAGAUGAACCUGCUACAACCGCUCACAGUAUUCUCCCGUCUCCAGAGACCUCAACUUCUUCAGCUCUCUCCACAAUGGAGUUAUCAACACUGAUGGAAACUUCAACCAAAAGUCUCAAUACUAUAUCACACACCACAUCCACACGAGAAUCCGGUCCCUCUCCGUAUUUCACAGCAACGAACUCGUUGUCUCCCAAAACUGACGUGACAGCAGAAACUGUCUUCACCACUGUUUCAUCCGUUGCCACGGAGGAAUCUUCCACAAAGCCUGUUUCACAUUCCACCUUCCAGGUGUCAAUCGGAACAGCAAAAACACCACUUGGAUCAGAAAUAACAACAAUCAAGUCAAUAACUGAUUUGUCUACUCACUCACAAACACGCUCUGACACUCCUCCAGGACCUUCAGAGCACACCAUCACUCCGUCUGAGUCAAAAGUAUCCAGCACGCAAAUGGAAACCUCCUCCCCACAGCAAUCGACAGUCUUUCAAGCAAGUACAGAUGAUCUCACGGCCAUGGUUUCUGAGCAGACCGCAAGCUCUGCUUCUUCAAUGUAUUCCACAGAGGAGUCAACGUCCAUAUCUGAGCUUUCAUCUGCAGCACUUUCCAUUUCCACACAGUCAUCUAACACUCAAGAACUUCGCUCAUCAUCCCAUGCUUCUCCAAUGUCAUCAACAUUUCUCACUCCUGAGAUAACACCACAUUCAACGUUCAUCUCAACAAAAUCAAGCAUCAAUGAAGAGACUCCAUCAAUGUUUGCUUCUCAUUCCACCAUUCAGAUAUCCAGUAGCACAGCAAAGUCAUCUGUAGAAGCAUCAACUAGCACAGUUACUCAGUCCACUCACAGCACGGACAUAAGUUCUCAUGCAACUCCUUCAACUGAGGUGAGCAGCUCAUCUGAGUCACAUGUACCCUCUCUCCCUGUGGAACCCUCAUCUUCUGCCAAACCAACAUCUCAAGGAACAAGUACGAUUGCUGAAGGUGCGACUGUGACUCAGGAAAGCAGUAGCUCCGCUUCCUCCUCAAGAUUUCAAACAAUUCAGUCAUCAACUCCCUCUGACACUUCACCACAGUUGUCUCCAACUUCUGGAAUUGCAUCUACACAUCUAUCAACUGGUGGCGCAUCUGACAGCACAGCCACAUACCCGUCUGCUGCCUUUACUAAACCAAGUGAAGAACCAACCCUCUCCACUUUGUCAACUCCAAAUGAACCUUCCACUCGCUUGAAUACACUUUCCAGUUCACAAGUGUCAAAUCUCACAACAGAAUCAACAUUGGCAUUGGAAGAGACAACCACAGGCAUCACUCCAUCUGUCGGGAGUCCAAAAACACAAACAUCCCCCUUAGCCGGUUCAGCGUCUCACUCAAGCUCUCCAUCGCAGUCAGAUGCCACCUAUUUACCGAUGGAAACGUUUGCAUCACCAAAAGUAACAUCAGAUGAACCUGCUACAACCGCUCACAGUAUUCUCCCGUCUCCAGAGACCUCAACUUCUUCAGCUCUCUCCACAAUGGAGUUAUCAACACUGAUGGAAACUUCAACCAAAAGUCUCAAUACUAUAUCACACACCACAUCCACACGAGAAUCCGGUCCCUCUCCGUAUUUCACAGCAACGAACUCGUUGUCUCCCAAAACUGACGUGACAGCAGAAACUGUCUUCACCACUGUUUCAUCCGUUGCCACGGAGGAAUCUUCCACAAAGCCUGUUUCACAUUCCACCUUCCAGGUGUCAAUCGGAACAGCAAAAACACCACUUGGAUCAGAAAUAACAACAAUCAAGUCAAUAACUGAUUUGUCUACUCACUCACAAACACGCUCUGACACUCCUCCAGGACCUUCAGAGCACACCAUCACUCCGUCUGAGUCAAAAGUAUCCAGCACGCAAAUGGAAACCUCCUCCCCACAGCAAUCGACAGUCUUUCAAGCAAGUACAGAUGAUCUCACGGCCAUGGUUUCUGAGCAGACCGCAAGCUCUGCUUCUUCAAUGUAUUCCACAGAGGAGUCAACGUCCAUAUCUGAGCUUUCAUCUGCAGCACUUUCCAUUUCCACACAGUCAUCUAACACUCAAGAACUUCGCUCAUCAUCCCAUGCUUCUCCAAUGUCAUCAACAUUUCUCACUCCUGAGAUAACACCACAUUCAACGUUCAUCUCAACAAAAUCAAGCAUCAAUGAAGAGACUCCAUCAAUGUUUGCUUCUCAUUCCACCAUUCAGAUAUCCAGUAGCACAGCAAAGUCAUCUGUAGAAGCAUCAACUAGCACAGUUACUCAGUCCACUCACAGCACGGACAUAAGUUCUCAUGCAACUCCUUCAACUGAGGUGAGCAGCUCAUCUGAGUCACAUGUACCCUCUCUCCCUGUGGAACCCUCAUCUUCUGCCAAACCAACAUCUCAAGGAACAAGUACGAUUGCUGAAGGUGCGACUGUGACUCAGGAAAGCAGUAGCUCCGCUUCCUCCUCAAGAUUUCAAACAAUUCAGUCAUCAACUCCCUCUGACACUUCACCACAGUUGUCUCCAACUUCUGGAAUUGCAUCUACACAUCUAUCAACUGGUGGCACAUCUGACAGCACAGCCACAUACCCGUCUGCUGCCUUUACUAAACCAAGUGAAGAACCAACCCUCUCCACUUUGUCAACUCCAAAUGAACCUUCCACUCGCUUGAAUACACUUUCCAGUUCACAAGUGUCAAAUCUCACAACAGAAUCAACAUUGGCAUUGGAAGAGACAACCACAGGCAUCACUCCAUCUGUCGGGAGUCCAAAAACACAAACAUCCCCCUUAGCCGGUUCAGCGUCUCACUCAAGCUCUCCAUCGCAGUCAGAUGCCACCUAUUUACCGAUGGAAACGUUUGCAUCACCAAAAGUAACAUCAGAUGAACCUGCUACAACCGCUCACAGUAUUCUCCCGUCUCCAGAGACCUCAACUUCUUCAGCUCUCUCCACAAUGGAGUUAUCAACACUGAUGGAAACUUCAACCAAAAGUCUCAAUACUAUAUCACACACCACAUCCACACGAGAAUCCGGUCCCUCUCCGUAUUUCACAGCAACGAACUCGUUGUCUCCCAAAACUGACGUGACAGCAGAAACUGUCUUCACCACUGUUUCAUCCGUUGCCACGGAGGAAUCUUCCACAAAGCCUGUUUCACAUUCCACCUUCCAGGUGUCAAUCGGAACAGCAAAAACACCACUUGGAUCAGAAAUAACAACAAUCAAGUCAAUAACUGAUUUGUCUACUCACUCACAAACACGCUCUGACACUCCUCCAGGACCUUCAGAGCACACCAUCACUCCGUCUGAGUCAAAAGUAUCCAGCACGCAAAUGGAAACCUCCUCCCCACAGCAAUCGACAGUCUUUCAAGCAAGUACAGAUGAUCUCACGGCCAUGGUUUCUGAGCAGACCGCAAGCUCUGCUUCUUCAAUGUAUUCCACAGAGGAGUCAACGUCCAUAUCUGAGCUUUCAUCUGCAGCACUUUCCAUUUCCACACAGUCAUCUAACACUCAAGAACUUCGCUCAUCAUCCCAUGCUUCUCCAAUGUCAUCAACAUUUCUCACUCCUGAGAUAACACCACAUUCAACGUUCAUCUCAACAAAAUCAAGCAUCAAUGAAGAGACUCCAUCAAUGUUUGCUUCUCAUUCCACCAUUCAGAUAUCCAGUAGCACAGCAAAGUCAUCUGUAGAAGCAUCAACUAGCACAGUUACUCAGUCCACUCACAGCACGGACAUAAGUUCUCAUGCAACUCCUUCAACUGAGGUGAGCAGCUCAUCUGAGUCACAUGUACCCUCUCUCCCUGUGGAACCCUCAUCUUCUGCCAAACCAACAUCUCAAGGAACAAGUACGAUUGCUGAAGGUGCGACUGUGACUCAGGAAAGCAGUAGCUCCGCUUCCUCCUCAAGAUUUCAAACAAUUCAGUCAUCAACUCCCUCUGACACUUCACCACAGUUGUCUCCAACUUCUGGAAUUGCAUCUACACAUCUAUCAACUGGUGGCGCAUCUGACAGCACAGCCACAUACCCGUCUGCUGCCUUUACUAAACCAAGUGAAGAACCAACCCUCUCCACUUUGUCAACUCCAAAUGAACCUUCCACUCGCUUGAAUACACUUUCCAGUUCACAAGUGUCAAAUCUCACAACAGAAUCAACAUUGGCAUUGGAAGAGACAACCACAGGCAUCACUCCAUCUGUCGGGAGUCCAAAAACACAAACAUCCCCCUUAGCCGGUUCAGCGUCUCACUCAAGCUCUCCAUCGCAGUCAGAUGCCACCUAUUUACCGAUGGAAACGUUUGCAUCACCAAAAGUAACAUCAGAUGAACCUGCUACAACCGCUCACAGUAUUCUCCCGUCUCCAGAGACCUCAACUUCUUCAGCUCUCUCCACAAUGGAGUUAUCAACACUGAUGGAAACUUCAACCAAAAGUCUCAAUACUAUAUCACACACCACAUCCACACGAGAAUCCGGUCCCUCUCCGUAUUUCACAGCAACGAACUCGUUGUCUCCCAAAACUGACGUGACAGCAGAAACUGUCUUCACCACUGUUUCAUCCGUUGCCACGGAGGAAUCUUCCACAAAGCCUGUUUCACAUUCCACCUUCCAGGUGUCAAUCGGAACAGCAAAAACACCACUUGGAUCAGAAAUAACAACAAUCAAGUCAAUAACUGAUUUGUCUACUCACUCACAAACACGCUCUGACACUCCUCCAGGACCUUCAGAGCACACCAUCACUCCGUCUGAGUCAAAAGUAUCCAGCACGCAAAUGGAAACCUCCUCCCCACAGCAAUCGACAGUCUUUCAAGCAAGUACAGAUGAUCUCACGGCCAUGGUUUCUGAGCAGACCGCAAGCUCUGCUUCUUCAAUGUAUUCCACAGAGGAGUCAACGUCCAUAUCUGAGCUUUCAUCUGCAGCACUUUCCAUUUCCACACAGUCAUCUAACACUCAAGAACUUCGCUCAUCAUCCCAUGCUUCUCCAAUGUCAUCAACAUUUCUCACUCCUGAGAUAACACCACAUUCAACGUUCAUCUCAACAAAAUCAAGCAUCAAUGAAGAGACUCCAUCAAUGUUUGCUUCUCAUUCCACCAUUCAGAUAUCCAGUAGCACAGCAAAGUCAUCUGUAGAAGCAUCAACUAGCACAGUUACUCAGUCCACUCACAGCACGGACAUAAGUUCUCAUGCAACUCCUUCAACUGAGGUGAGCAGCUCAUCUGAGUCACAUGUACCCUCUCUCCCUGUGGAACCCUCAUCUUCUGCCAAACCAACAUCUCAAGGAACAAGUACGAUUGCUGAAGGUGCGACUGUGACUCAGGAAAGCAGUAGCUCCGCUUCCUCCUCAAGAUUUCAAACAAUUCAGUCAUCAACUCCCUCUGACACUUCACCACAGUUGUCUCCAACUUCUGGAAUUGCAUCUACACAUCUAUCAACUGGUGGCACAUCUGACAGCACAGCCACAUACCCGUCUGCUGCCUUUACUAAACCAAGUGAAGAACCAACCCUCUCCACUUUGUCAACUCCAAAUGAACCUUCCACUCGCUUGAAUACACUUUCCAGUUCACAAGUGUCAAAUCUCACAACAGAAUCAACAUUGGCAUUGGAAGAGACAACCACAGGCAUCACUCCAUCUGUCGGGAGUCCAAAAACACAAACAUCCCCCUUAGCCGGUUCAGCGUCUCACUCAAGCUCUCCAUCGCAGUCAGAUGCCACCUAUUUACCGAUGGAAACGUUUGCAUCACCAAAAGUAACAUCAGAUGAACCUGCUACAACCGCUCACAGUAUUCUCCCGUCUCCAGAGACCUCAACUUCUUCAGCUCUCUCCACAAUGGAGUUAUCAACACUGAUGGAAACUUCAACCAAAAGUCUCAAUACUAUAUCACACACCACAUCCACACGAGAAUCCGGUCCCUCUCCGUAUUUCACAGCAACGAACUCGUUGUCUCCCAAAACUGACGUGACAGCAGAAACUGUCUUCACCACUGUUUCAUCCGUUGCCACGGAGGAAUCUUCCACAAAGCCUGUUUCACAUUCCACCUUCCAGGUGUCAAUCGGAACAGCAAAAACACCACUUGGAUCAGAAAUAACAACAAUCAAGUCAAUAACUGAUUUGUCUACUCACUCACAAACACGCUCUGACACUCCUCCAGGACCUUCAGAGCACACCAUCACUCCGUCUGAGUCAAAAGUAUCCAGCACGCAAAUGGAAACCUCCUCCCCACAGCAAUCGACAGUCUUUCAAGCAAGUACAGAUGAUCUCACGGCCAUGGUUUCUGAGCAGACCGCAAGCUCUGCUUCUUCAAUGUAUUCCACAGAGGAGUCAACGUCCAUAUCUGAGCUUUCAUCUGCAGCACUUUCCAUUUCCACACAGUCAUCUAACACUCAAGAACUUCGCUCAUCAUCCCAUGCUUCUCCAAUGUCAUCAACAUUUCUCACUCCUGAGAUAACACCACAUUCAACGUUCAUCUCAACAAAAUCAAGCAUCAAUGAAGAGACUCCAUCAAUGUUUGCUUCUCAUUCCACCAUUCAGAUAUCCAGUAGCACAGCAAAGUCAUCUGUAGAAGCAUCAACAAGCACAGUUACUCAGUCCACUCACAGCACGGACAUAAGUUCUCAUGCAACUCCUUCAACUGAGGUGAGCAGCUCAUCUGAGUCACAUGUACCCUCUCUCCCUGUGGAACCCUCAUCUUCUGCCAAACCAACAUCUCAAGGAACAAGUACGAUUGCUGAAGGUGCGACUGUGACUCAGGAAAGCAGUAGCUCCGCUUCCUCCUCAAGAUUUCAAACAAUUCAGUCAUCAACUCCCUCUGACACUUCACCACAGUUGUCUCCAACUUCUGGAAUUGCAUCUACACAUCUAUCAACUGGUGGCACAUCUGACAGCACAGCCACAUACCCGUCUGCUGCCUUUACUAAACCAAGUGAAGAACCAACCCUCUCCACUUUGUCAACUCCAAAUGAACCUUCCACUCGCUUGAAUACACUUUCCAGUUCACAAGUGUCAAAUCUCACAACAGAAUCAACAUUGGCAUUGGAAGAGACAACCACAGGCAUCACUCCAUCUGUCGGGAGUCCAAAAACACAAACAUCCCCCUUAGCCGGUUCAGCGUCUCACUCAAGCUCUCCAUCGCAGUCAGAUGCCACCUAUUUACCGAUGGAAACGUUUGCAUCACCAAAAGUAACAUCAGAUGAACCUGCUACAACUGCUCACAGUAUUCUCCCGUCUCCAGAGACCUCAACUUCUUCAGCUCUCUCCACAAUGGAGUUAUCAACACUGAUGCAAACUUCAACCAAAAGUCUCAAUACUAUAUCACACACCACAUCCACACGAGAAUCCGGUCCCUCUCCGUAUUUCACAGCAACGAACUCGUUGUCUCCCAAAACUGACGUGACAGCAGAAACUGUCUUCACCACUGUUUCAUCCGUUGCCACGGAGGAAUCUAUGUCACACACCACGUCCACACAAGAAUCUAAUCCCUCACCAUCAGAUGAAACAACUACAUCUGCUCCCAGUGUUUACUCAUCUCCAGAGACCUCAACUUCUUCAUCUCUUCAAAUUUCCACACGUGUUUCACACACUCCAAAUACCAGCACCUCAUCCUUCAGAAACAGUUCAGCUUCCACUGACAUAUCCUCUGUUCCAGAAACUGGGUCCUCAAGUUCUGAAAUAUCUACCACAAUCGGUCCCCCGUCAGCAUCAUCUUCCUUGUUAUCUGCCACAUCAGCGGCUUCCUCAGUUUCUGGUUCCCAAACCUCUCCAGUGACAAACCCCAAUACUGCUCUCAGCUCUCAAAGCAGCCACCGUGUUCCAACCACUGGGAAAUUGACUGCUCCUUCCACCUCACUGACAACAUCGAAAGCUCCAACUUCAACCUCUCCCUCGCCUGUCCAGACCACAACAUCUUCCCUGAUGUCCUCAUAUGCUACACUACAGGCCUCCUCCACCACAAAGACCACGGCUUCUGUCUUGUCCACAACAAUGAAGGACUACUGCAGCAAGUGCACC